AUGUAAAAAAAAGUAUAAAGCCAGAGUAGAAAAGUAUAAACAGUUUAUACACCUCUGACUACAUCUUCAUUAACUAUUCAUUCUAGAGCAACAUCUAAAUCAUAAUCAUAAAGUAAUACAAUCAAAGUUGUUUAAACCAAAAAACUCAACAGACCAUUAAUAGCAAGAAAUAAAAACCAAAAAUAAAUAUUAUAAUAAACUAAUAGUAAUCAAUUAUUAACUGAGAGAAACUUAGAAAUUGAUUAUUCCUUAAUGGAACCAUCAACUACUACUAGUAUAUAAUAAUAAUUAUAACUUGUUUGGCAAUCUCCAUACAGACCACAUAUAUAUACAAUAUAUUUUCCAUAUCCAUGUACAAUUUAUAUGAUAUUUGAGAAAUGCUUUAAAAAAAAAGAAGUUAAUAAUGUUUAGUUUAACAAAUCAAAAAACCAUUAUAUUAUAAACUUCAUGGAUAAGUGCCAUUUAAAUGUAUUUUGAGCUCUUUUGAAGCUGCUGGAUUUGAAAGAAGUGAUGAUGAAGAUAAUUGGUUAAUCUAUUGGGGAUUGGCAAGUAAAGAAACCUUAAAAGAAAUGAAGAAAUAUUAAAAGACUAAUCAUUUUCCUGGUUGUUGGAGUGUAGGUAGAAAAGAUAAUUUAUGGAUUCAUCUCUCUAAAAUUAAAAGAAAGUUCCCAACUGAAUAUUAUUUUAUACCAAAUACCUAUUUAUUACAAUAUGAUUUUGAAAGAUUUGAAGCGAUUAGAGAAUGUGCUCAUAAAAAAACUUUAUGGAUUAAAAAACCUGUUGCAUCUGCUAGAGGAAAUGGUAUUAAAUUAAUUAAUAAAAAAACUAAAUUAACAGCAGAUAAAAGAUAUUUAGUAAUGGAUUAUAUAUCUAAUCCUCAUUUAAUUAAUAAUUUUAAAUAUGAUCUUAGAGUUUAUGUUCUUAUUACAUCUAUUGAUCCUUUAAGAGUUUAUAUGUACAAAGAUGGAUUGGUAAGAUUUGCCACUUCAGAAUAUUCACUUAAAAGUAAGGAUAUUAAAAAAAGAUUUAUACAUUUAACUAAUUAUUCAGUUAAUAAAUAAUCUCCUAAUUUUAUUGCUAAUAAUUAAGAUUUAUAAUAAUAAAUCAAAGCUUCGAAGUGGUCACAUAAGGAAUAUAAAAAAUAAUUACUAGCUGAAGGAAUAAAUUAUAAAUUAUUAUUUAAAUCCAUCUAAGAUAUUGUAUUGAAAACUUGUAUUGCAGCUGAACCUCUAUUACUUGAUAGUAAUGGGAAAAGUAUCUAAUUAUUAUAUAUACAUAGCUUCUGAACAUAAAACCAAUUAUUUUGAAUUAUUUGGAUUUGAUAUUUUGAUAGAUGAAACAUUAAAACCUUGGUUAUUAGAAGUUAAUGUUAGUCCUUCCUUAAAUUCAUCUUCUGAGUUAGAUGCAACAAUUAAAACUCAACUUAUAUCAGAUAUGUUGCAUUUAAUUGGAAUUGAAUAUCAUACUUAAAAAGCUUUUAGAAUAUAAAUUAAAAAGAAAUUAUAUGAAAGAAAUAUUAAUGAAAUUUAAACUAUAAACACAAGAAAUUUUAGAUAAAAAGUUAAUUAAGAAGAUCUAGAUGUCAUGGUACAAUCACUUGAAGAAUAAUUACGUCUUGGACAAUUUAAAUGCUUGUAUCCUAAUAAAAACAAUAUUACUUAAUAUGAAUAGUAUUUUGAAUAUCCAAGAUAUCAUAAUAAACUAAUAUCAAAAUAUUUUGAGGAUGGAUCCAAUUGGAUCAUUUGA